CAAGAGUCCUCAAUCCUGAAUGGUGCCGGUAAGAAGUAAUAAUGACCACUGGAGGAGUAAUUGGAAAAUGUUUUUCCAGUCAAUGAGGCAAUUGGACGGCAAUCUAUGACUUCUACUUGCGUGAUGAUUGCUCCUCUCAGAAACACUUGUACACAAGAAGAUAUUAUGGACACUGCCCUCGCCAUGAGCGGGACGAAAGGAAGCUUUAGCGUGAAGGAUAUCUUGGACCUCCAGGACCCCAAGGAUACUUGCAGCCCGGUCAACGCGGAUCAGAACCCAACGAACACUUCAAUACCCGAAGUAGGCGAAGUCCCACCAACGGGUCCUUACUACGAUACUGAAAACCCGUACGCAAAAUGGCUAGCGGAGACCAACAGUGAAGCAUUUCGUUAUGCAGAAUUGCAACACCGAUUGGCAGUCCAGCAACAACAUCAACAGCAACAGCAUCAUCCACAUCAACAUCAUACGUCACAUCCGUUACACCUGACCUCGCCUCGUUCUCAUCUUACCUCGCCUCAUUCUGACACCUCCAGUACGUGUGCUAACAUGGGUGCGCUUGCAUCGGGUGCUUCGACGCCAAGUUGUGCAAAUAGGGAACUUUCUAGCAGUCCCGUCGAAAGAAAGCCUAACGUGAAUGACCUUGAAGUUACUCGAAUCAAAUCCGAGGAUAGUGACAAUGACGAUUUAGACGAUGCUGAUGACGAUAAGUCAGAUUCAGAAAAGAAAGACGAUGAUAACACUGGUUCGGGCGAUCAGCCAAAGAAGCGGAAAAGACGGGUGUUGUUUUCGAAAGCGCAAACGUACGAACUCGAACGGCGGUUUCGCCAGCAGCGGUACCUGUCUGCUCCCGAGCGCGAGCACCUUGCCAGCAUCAUCCGCCUUUCUCCGACGCAGGUUAAAAUAUGGUUCCAGAACCAUCGGUAUAAGAUGAAGCGGGCGCGACAGGAGAAAGGGCUGGAGAUGAACCCGUUGCCAUCUCCGCGGCGGGUGGCUGUACCCGUGUUGGUCAGGGACGGCAAGCCGUGCCAGCCCACCAUGAACAGUAGCUUGAAGCAACAAGACAUUUCCAUGCAGUCAAAUCUAGCGGCCAUGAAUGGCGGCCUCAACGGAAUGAACUCGAUUGGUAUGAACGGUAUAGCAUCAACGCUAGGUUCCGGUAUGAAUACUGCCUACAGUAUGAGUGGUAUCAACUCCAUGAACCACAUGAGUAUGAACUCUAUGAACAUGAGCAUGGCAGGCAUGAACAUGAACAAUAUGAACGUAUUACCUUCCUAUAACCAUCCUCUUAUGCAGCAGCAGACGAGAUGGUGGUGAUGUGCGAAGGGUAUUGUGAGGAAAAGUGCAAAACUGUCUCUAUCUCAGUAUUUUUGGCAAAUUUUCGCAGUUAACUACAUUUAGCACUUAAUUUCAAAAAUCGUUUUAGAAUGGUUGUUGAAUUUAAUACAACGUGACUGAAAUGACUUGGCACACUUAUAUGCAGACCUUAGAGAUCGAACAAGUUUUUGGACAAGUUAACGUUAUCUAAAAAAUUCACCGAAAAAGGGAACACGGUUUCGAGCUGGAGUAAACUAAAGGUAAUUUUGCACUUUAAAUCUCCCCAUGAUUCCGAUUAUUAUUUUCCAUGGUAUUUUGUGGAAAGAUAUUUUAGAACUUUCUUGAUCAACUCGACAAAAACUUCGGCGUUCAUUAAAUCAUAAUUAAAACUAUACAUGUAUGCUACAUGUAUUUCAUAAUCAACACUUCAUGUAACAACACUAGCCAGGAACCUCAAACAGCUGCAUUGAAGCAAAAUAGAGAAAGAAAAAAACCGUUCAGGUUUUGCCAGAAUUUCAGUACAAAAAUUGUUGUUGGUAACUCUUAAUGAUUGUAAAUAAAAAUGUGCUAAAGAUUGGAAUUGUUUUAACCUAGGGCGUAAUUCAAAUACGUGUAAAUGUAUGGUAUUUGUAAAUAUUUCGGUAAAAAUGUCGAAAAGAAGUAUUUUCACAGCUACCGCAUUCAAUGGUAUUAUUUCUGGUAUACACUGUCCAAUUUCUUAGUGGAGACUUUGAUAUAGCUGUAUAUUGCUGGAUUAAAAAACUAAACCAGAAGUGGUUUUGAUGUAGAACUCCUGGGGUUGGACUGAGGUAUAACCAUCAUAUUAUACAUGCCUAUUUGAUGCAGGGAAGAAGUCACGAGGUUUUAUCGCCAUCUAAAUGUCAUACAACUCGUAAUUGAUCAAAAACGCUAUCCACAAUCGCAAAGAAAAUUCGCCUUAAAACAAUUGUUUUUUCCCUACCAAGCAAUGGUUGUUUUGCUAUAUGAGAUGUGAAUUCGCCUUACUCAGGAUCAUUUCAUUUGUCAAUUCGACCUCCUCACGGCUUCUUCUUUCUUCAUGUUAUUCAAGAUUUGACUCAUUUGGAAUCAUUCCAUGCUAAACAGCUUUUUACAAAUACUCGCUUUACAUGAAAUGUAUAUUUUUACUUUGCCAUGAUUGGCACUCAUAUUGCAUUUAUUAUCAUCAUUCCAGUUGCAAAACAUAUCAUUGUAUUAUACGUCAAGCUGACUUCCAGUACAUUUGUUUCAUGAGGGAUCACCCAUAAAGAUAUCUAAUGAACAUCAUUUGGUGAUGUCCAUUAGACAUAAAAUGAAUGUCAGUUGAACAUCAACCAAGUGACUUUGUUGGAUUGCUGUCAAAUGAGAUGACAUCAUUUGGUGAUGUCCAUUAGACAUAAACUUUAUGUCUACUGAGCGUCACCACAUUUUCCCCAGUGAAGGGUACAGAUCAAAAUGGGGGUAAAACUUGGAGAUAAUUAAAGGGAAUUAAUUUGCAUUAUACCAAGUUGCUCAUGUUACAAGCUGCAAUUUGCUUCCGAAACAGGAGGAAAAGGAACGGUUAAUCUAACAAUACAAUUUAAGAUUCCCCUACUUUUUCAUUUUCAUAAUUCUUUGUUGCGACCAUAGACUUUAUCGUUGGCGACUAAGAGAACACAUUCCACGUUUAUUUUGUUAAUUUAUUUCGUGGUCAAUGGAAUAGAUAAUUUCGAAACAGUCACAGUCACAAUCACGUCUAUUGUUUAAUUUAAUAAACAUAUGAAUAUCAA